AUUGCCGCCAUAUUCAAACCUACCGCUUUAAUACGCGGUGGCUAUGAUCAAUCAACGAUGCAGGCCGUCAUAUUAAGGAUUCACGGCAGACUUCCCCCACCAAAGGAUUGUCAGUCCAACACUUCAAGAUACUCCGGUUAUUGACAUAUGACUUGCAGACCGGCCAGAUGCGUUCAUGUAACAAUUUUGCUUUCUAACUGCCCCAACCCCAGCAACGGAACAUAAUUCACGCCCACUUGCAAUCUCAAAUUGCCUUUAGUUGUAUUUAGAAUAUGAUUGACCGUUGGCGUUGAGUUGGCAAGCAAGCAGCCAUGUUGCUUCUGGGACAUGGCCAGCAUAUCGCUAGCACGCCAAUAGCAGCUGGGCGGCAUGUCUUGCUUGUUCCUCAGCGUCCACACAUAUCGUCUGCAGCAGGAUUGCAGCCGCGACGACGUCUGUCGCCUACUGUCACUGCUACGCCGCGACGGCGCGUGAACCGCGAACUCCUCGACAACGUCGAUACAACUGACCUCGACGGUAUACCUGGCAAUGGGCUGCAGCGUCCUGGGCCUGGCGUUGAUGAGUACGGCUCCGGGUUGUACAACAACCCUGCAAGCAGUCCUGCAGACGCACAGCCCUCGUCAUGGGAUGCCGAUAAUCAGUCUCCAGGCGUCGCCACGGGCCCUUAUGAUGACCCAUACUCAUGGCUGCCCGACCCACAAGGGCAGCAUCAGCAUCCAUCAGCUGCAGAGGACUCCCGGGGUGCCACUGCGCCUCAUUCCAGUUCAGGCUACGGCGGCUACGAGGAAUACGGGAGCAACAACUAUCCCACGGACAGCAACACCGGCCGCCAGCCUGCUACAAACGGUGCUCAGACGCCGUCAUAUCCGGCGUCACUGUCGCCCUCACCUGCAGCAGCCUCUGCUGCAUCGGUGUCCGCUACGGUGACUGGGAGGCAGCAGCAGCACCUGCGGCAGCGGCGAGGGCAGCGGGACCGGACAGAACAGCAAGGCGGGGAUCCCAAGCCACCGCACACGGAUGCGGAUUGGGGUGAGCCCGACCCACUGACAGAUUGGGGCGGCUUUGCCGCAGCUGGAUCCACGGGCUGGGAUGAGGACGAUGACACGGCUACAGCAGCCUCCGCCUCGUACGACCCACAAAGCGGCGCGUACUAUGCUUCCUCAGCUCCCCGGGAUUCCCUCGGCGGUGGCUUCGGCAGCAGCACUGGCUGGGAUGGAAGCAGCGGCAGCGCCGGUAGCAACCCUGCUAGCAGCAGCAGUAGCGGAAGGCACCACAACGGCGCUGCGGACUCCAGCAAAGCCUGGCCUCGGCCCUCGGAAGGCGCUGCUGCUGGGGGGACGGGGCAGGAGCCAGACGGGACGGGGGUUCCCAACGGUUGGUCGGCGUACGGCAGCCCACCUGACGGUUGGGCAGAUGCUCGCUUUGCACAGGACGUUGAGUACGACGGCGGGGGAGGGUCCGGGAGAGGAGGCG